AUUAGUUUUGCGAUUUCAUCUUUUAACACAUUGAGGCUUCAUCCUGUUGAUCGGAACAGCCAUACACCUUCGCCUCUCCCUUCUCGUACUCAUCAGGCAUAUGCUAAUCUUCUUCUUCUCUAGCACCUGUUUUUUCACGGACAUUUUACCUUGCUGACCUCACCAAGUCAUGUUAGAAUCAUCGCAGAGCCAAUGCGUCUCAGAUUUUUCUUCAAAACAUCUCCCACCUCAAACUCACACUCCUGUCUUCACCAACUCACAUUUUCAACUAUUCCAUACGACUCGAACCACCUUAUUCAGACCCCUAAACCCCACACAUACACCCAUAUCUUGCUGUCCUGUCUUCGGAAAUGCAAACAGUUCAAAGCACACCACACGUUCGAAGAAACGCCUCAAAAGCUAUCGCAGUUUUCAACAACCAGCAGAAUUAUCCAUGCACAAAGCCUUAAACUUGGGUUUUGGUCAAAAGGGUCUUUAGGGAACGCCAUUCUUGAUAUUUAUGCCAAGUGUGGCAAUUUGGAUUUUGCAGAGAAGGUGUUUAAUAGACUUGAAAAUAGAGAUGUAUUGGCUUGGAACUCUAUUCUAUCAAUAUAUUCGAAAUUGGGAUUUUUGGAUAUGGUUUUUAAGUCUUAUGGAUCAUUGUGGACCCAUGGAGUGUGGCCUAAUGAGUUCACUUUUGCUAUUGUUUUAUCAGCUUGUGCUAGAUUGGAGAGUGUUGAACGUGGCAGACAAGUUCAUUGCAAUGUUGUUAAGAUGGGAUUCGAGUCCGGUUCUUUUUGCGAGGGUGCUCUUAUUGAUAUGUAUGCUAAGUGUAAUAGCAUGGGUGAUUGUCGAAGGGUGUUUGAUGAAGGAGUAGAAUUGGAUACAGUUUCUUGGACAUCAAUGAUUGCCGGGUAUGUUAAAGCUGCUUUGCCUGAGGAGGCCUUAAAAGUGUUUGAUGAGAUGAAGAAAGUUGGUCAGGAACCAGACCUAAUUGCAUUUGUGACUGUCUUAAAUGCAUAUGUUGGUCUAGGAAGGCUUGAUGAGGCAUCCAAUUUAUUCUCCCAGAUGCCUAACCCCAAUGUUGUUGCAUGGAAUGUGAUGAUUUCAGGGCAUGCCCAGAGAGGUUAUGAGGCACAAGCUAUCGAGAUUUUCCAAAAUAUGAGGAAAUCUGGUAUUAAGUCCUCAAGAUCCACAUUAGGAAGUGUAUUGAGUGCAGUUGCGAGUUUAACUGCUCUUGACAUUGGUUUGCUAGUUCAUGCAGAGGCAGUUAAACAAGGGUUAGACUCUAACGUUUAUGUUGGAAGUUCAUUGAUUAGCAUGUAUGCUAAAUGCGAGAAGAUUGAAGCAGCAAAAAAAGUUUUUGAUGCUUUAGAUGAGCAAAAUGUUGUCUUGUGGAAUUCAUUGCUUGGGGGUUAUGCACAAAAUGGAUAUUACUAUGAAGUCAUGGAAUUGUUCUCCAACAUGAAGAGCUGUGGUUUUCAUCCAGAUGAAUUUACCUAUACCAGUAUUUUGAGUGCAUGUGCUUGCUUGAGAUUUCUGGAAGGGGGUCGGCAAUUGCAUGCAGUCAUCAUCAAGAGUAAAUUUGCCUCAAACUUAUUUGUGGGAAAUGCAUUGGUUGAUAUGUAUGCUAAAUCUGGUGUGCUUGAGGAUGCAAGGCAACAAUUUGAACUCCUGAGGUACAGAGACAAUGUUUCUUGGAAUGCAAUUAUUGUUGGAUAUGUGCAGGAAGAAAAUGAGGUUGAGGCAUUCCUUGUGUUCCAAAAAAUGCAUUUGCUUGGGAUUCUGCCUGAUGAAGUCUCCCUGGCCAGUAUACUGAGUGCCUGUGCAAAUGUUGAAGGUAUCGAGCAGGGGAAACAGAUGCAUUGUCUCUCAGUCAAAUCUGGUCUAGAAACGAGCCUUUAUGCUGGAAGCUCCCUUAUUGACAUGUAUGCUAAGUGUGGUGCUAUUGGCUCUGCACAUAAAAUAUUUGCAAGCAUGCCUGAGUGGAGUGUGGUCUCCACGAAUGCCCUUAUCGCAGGGUAUGCUACUAUUAAUCUAGAAGAUGCAAUAAUACUCUUUAAAGAGAUGCAAACUGAAGGAUUAAGUCCAUCCAAAAUAACUUUUGCAAGCCUUUUAGAUGCAUGUGGUGGACCUCAACAAUUGAAUCUAGGAAGGCAAAUCCACUGUCUUAUUCUAAAGAGGGGCCUUCAGUAUGAUGAUGAAUUCUUAGGCAUCUCACUAUUGGGCAUGUACAUGAACUCCCUACGAAAAGAAGAUGCAAAUAUUCUCUUCUCAGAAAUUUCAAAACCAAAAAGCACUAUAUUGUGGACUGCAAUGAUUUCUGGACUUGCUCAAAAUGAUUGUAGUUAUGUGGCUUUGCAGUUCUAUCAAGAGAUGCGUAGCUGCAAUGUGCUACCUGACCAAGCCACAUUUGUCAGUGUGCUUAGAGCAUGUGCUAUCUUAUCUUCUAUGAGAGAAGGGAGAGAGAUUCACUCACUCAUUAUCCAUAUUGGUUUUGACUUAGAUGAAUUAACGUGUAGUGCCCUUGUAGACAUGUAUGCUAAAUGUGGGGAUGUGAAGAGUUCCAUGCAAGUUUUUGAGGAAAUGCAGAGUAAAAAUUAUGUUAUUUCUUGGAACUCAAUGAUAGUUGGAUGUGCUAAAAAUGGAUAUGCAGAAGAUGCACUAAGGGUCUUUGAUGAGAUGAAGCAAACACAUGUUUUACCUGAUGAUGUCACGUUUCUUGGUGUUCUCACUGCCUGCAGUCAUGCAGGGAGGGUAUCUGCAGGCCGUUAUAUCUUUGAUAGUAUGGUUAACUAUUACAAGAUUCAGCCUAGGGUGGAUCAUUGUGCCUGCAUGGUUGAUCUUCUGGGCAGGUGGGGUUUUCUUCAAGAAGCUGAAGAGUUCAUCUAUACACUUAAUUUUGAAUCUCAUGCCAUGAUUUGGGCUACGAUGCUCGCAGCUUGCAGAAUACAUGGGGAUGAUGUUAGGGGCCAAAAUGCUGCUGAGAAACUCAUUGAACUUGAACCCCAAAAUUCUUCACCCUAUGUGCUUCUUUCUAACAUUCAUGCUGCAUCAGGAAACUGGGAUGAGGUUAAUGCCUUAAGGAGGAUAAUGAGAGAGAAAGGAGUGAAGAAGUUGCCUGGAUGCAGCUGGAUUUUAGUGGGACAGAAGACAAAUAUUUUUGUUGCAGGGGACAAGUCCCAUUCUAGUGCUGGAAAAAUUGACAUAGUUCUAAAAGAUUUGACAGCUUUGAUGAAAGAAGAUGUUUAUGCUACUCUAAUUGAUUCUUUUAUCCAUGAUGAAUAGCGAAACCUUCUUCUGUCACUGGCUAUAGGCCUGCUUAAUCAGACAUGAAGUCCUUACUAAAGAUCAUGCCGAAAUAGUGGAAGUUACAUUGACGGAUAGAGACUGUUAGCCACAUUAUGACUGAAAGGCAGAGAGACAGGCAAGACCUUUUAUUUUGGAGGUCUAAAUCUGCAUGAAGUCUCUCAUAUUCAUUGUCGUUUGGUCACUCAAGCAUUGAUUGACAUAUGGUUUCUCUACUUGGGACAUUGAAUAUUUGAACAUGGCUGAAUGUGAUUGCUGAGAUAACUGACUCAUUGAUUUGAUGAACUCACUUUGACUGGAAUAAUGAACUGAGAAAAUGAAAAUCACCUUAGUGUUAAGUAAGGUGGCCUUUUGGAGAGUUGACUUUAUUUGGAUAGUUUCACAUAAGUUGCAUUGAGUACCAUAAAGAUUAUUUUUACAAGUCUUUUCAUGUUUGAUGGGAUAGGUAGGUUUUCUUAAGUAUUUGCUGUGUUGGAUUUUGGCUGAUUAGUGAGUUCUGCAGUGGAGACUGGAGAGGUAUCUGGCUGUGGAUCUGGUGAUGAACUUGGCUGGUCAACCAGAUGCCAAGGUAGUUUUUUCGGUGUGAAAAUGUGGAUGUCAAUAAUGGGAAGAAUUUUUUUUUUUUUUUUCUUGAUGUUGUUGAGGCUGCAGACUUUGAUAAGAAGCUAUCACUCUAGCUCAAUUGAAGUUAUUUACGAAUGUUAUAAUUUUGAUGUGGAUUCUUUUAUCAGUUCUGGAUCCCCCAAUAUGGAAGAUGCUGGGAGCAUGAUCGAUGAUGCUAAGCUUGCUCAAUGCAUGUUUGGCAAACAUAAUAAUUUUCUUCUAACUGGAAAGGAGGAGGCCAACCUUUCAAACCAUCCAUCUAUGAAAUAUAUACGUCAAAGAACACAUGGGAUGGCAAUAUGGAAUUAAGGGCCAAGAAGCUGCUGAGAAGCUGGCUGAGCAUGACAUCCUAAAUCUUUAUCCUACAUGCUUGAUUUUUAACAAUUUUGCUGCAUAAGGAAACUGGGGUGACGCUAAUACUUGGACUAUAGGAGAAAACUGAAAAAGGUGUAUGGAUGUAGGUGGAUUGUGAGGAGACAGAAGACAAAUUCUUUUAUUGCAGACUAAAAGUCUCAAUCUUUGCAGAGUAAGAGAAGGCCCCUCUUUUGUUGUUGCCUCUCUACCUAUCUAGGUAGAGUUGAGGGCUUUACUGAGCUUAGGCAACAAGAUGUAGUUGGUUGAAGAUACAGAUGGAAGCCAUGCACAGACUGCAGAUAAAAUAUGACUCGGGUUGGUGGAUGGACAAGCAAGGCUGGCUAUUGCUUUUCUGAAGGUCAAGACUCUAAAUACGCAUUUGAUCACACCACAGCCUUAACUACUAUGGCAUUUAAGUUUUUAAAAUGGUUCAUUUAUAAAUCUCCAAGUUAUUUAUUUGAUGCACUUGUAGUUGGAAAUAAUGAGCCUGCAAAUAAAAAAUCAAUGAAAAGUUCCAAGUUCAAUCCUG